AUGGCGUCGAGCCAAAAAGCCGCCCGCGUUGGCGAAGAGAUUUGGAAGACACGGGUGGACAAAGUCAAUGCUGAGCUUGUCACCCUCACAUAUGGGACCAUCGUGGCGCAAUUAUGUACAGACUACGAUUUUGAUUACAGCCAGGUCAACCAGCAAUUAGACAAAAUGGGGUACAAUAUCGGCAUGCGACUCAUUGAAGACUUCCUUGCAAAAUCCAAUACUGGCCGUUGUGGGAAUUUCAGGGACACGGCUGAGAUGAUCGCCAAGGUUGGUUUCAAGAUCUUUCUGAACAUUACGCCUACCGUCACGAACUGGACUGCCGACAACAAGCAAUUCUCUUUGCUGUUCGACGAAAACCCUUUGGCAGACUUUGUAGAGCUUCCGGACGAUGGGCGGGCCCAAGAUGAGUUGUGGUUCUCCAACAUCCUCUGUGGUGUUCUACGUGGAGCAUUGGAAAUGGUCCAGAUGUCCGUCGAGGCACGUUUUGUCAGUGACAUGCUUCGAGGCAACGACGUGACGGAGAUGCGUGUCACACUGAUUCGAUACAUUGAGGACGAGAUGCCUCCUGACGAUGAAUAG